CAGCGAUUGCGGUUGAGUUGAUAUAUCGUGAGACGAAACAUUAUUCACUUUGGAUAUAGAUUAUCAUGUUCUGACAAUUUCUGUCCGUGCUUUCUUCAUACUGUGCUGAGGAGGUGUGGAUAUGACCAUUAAGUGGAUGUCCAACAUCAAGUUGUUAGGAUACGCGCAGUACUUCGAUUGUGACGCGACAGAUUUGACGGGCAUUGGGAAUACCGUAUUACAUGAACAGGGAUUAUUUAAACUGAUAUUUUUGAUUCAACAAAGUACAGGUUUAAUGGAUACUUAAAAAAUGACGGAUCAGCAGACAGUUCAUAUUCAUUAGACUGAACAGUGACUGACAAGAAAAAAACCCAAAAUGGCGGGUGUGCAGAACUUCAUCAAGUGGAUUAAAGAGCGCACGCGCAAACAGAACAAAUCAUCCCCCAAAGCCAGCAUCAUGCGACUGGGGAAACUCCCGCCAGUGCCACCUAUGGACGAGUACGGAUUUACCAUUAAGUCGGAGCACAUCUACGAAGAGAUACACACUAUGACCAGUGACGAGGAAUCAGAAUCUCUGAAAUCGUCGGACGAGGUUACGGAAAUAUGCAACGAAAACUUUUCGCAGACUUUGCAGAAGUUCGAUUUUACGCACGCGAAAGAGAUCGGCCCGUAUUUGGUAGUGCCGAUUGUUAGUGAUGUUCGCGACGGUGACGAGAGCUGUGAUUCAGGAACGGGUGAUCUCGCGGACUUGAUUCUGUGUGGCUCUGUGAAUGACUCUAGAGAUUCUAAUUCAAAUACAAAUAGGAAUAAUGUGGAUAACACUACGUGUAGUACUCCAAGGACGGAAGUCACGUAUGACUAUAGCAAGAGUCUGUAUAAUGCUAUCCCCGCGUGGGCCCGCGCGAAAUUAAAAGACGCUCAGUGCAAACGCCACGGACUGGCCCUGCAGGAAUCCAAAGAAAAGGCUAAGGAAAGUAAUAGUGCACACGACGAAACGUUCAAUGAAUAUAGCAUAACUGACUUGAGUAGUAUAUCAAGUUGCAGUGAUCGUGUGUUCAGGAGAGGUCAGGGGUCAAAGUUGACCAAUCGGUGCUGUGGUAGUAGUGAUAGUAGCGACAGUGCUAAGACAUUUAGCGAAUACGACAUUGGCGAUUAUGACGACCCGGUACACGAUAAAAACUAUGAGUAUUUUUUAGUAAAAGCCGAGAAAAACUUUCUCCUUGAGAAGGAGUUAAAAAGAUACAUCGAUGCGACUUCGGAUAGUAUGGUAUCCUCUUCUAGUUCGUCUCAGUCCGACUCAAUGUCCCUGACAACGGUCACGAGCAUGUCCGACUUGUCCACCAUCUUUUCUCCCGGACUUUCCCGAAGUGAUUCCGACACCCGAAUGUCGGAUGAAUCAGUAAAUUCGUCAACAUUGUCGGACGAGUCUUGUCAUUGCUGUAGGGGACAGGAGAACUCCUUGUUCUGCGCAAAGGCUUCGAAAUCUGUGAACUCUGUUUUGUUGGUGCAUAAGACCUCGCCGCGGAGAGAGAGCAACGCGAGAUCUCAGCGGAAUCGGUCAUCAUCACGUGAGUGGGAGAAAAUGCGAGACUCUGAAAAACGCGAGAGCCGAAAAGGGGGAGUUUCAAAAUCAAAUGGUGCAUAUCAUAGUUCUAAACCAUCCGCUAGGCGGCGCUCAGUAGACGAUCUUCUUAGUUCAAAAUCUCCCGUGAGGCGGCGUUCUGUUGAUGACAUUAUUUCCAAUACGUCCGAAUGCGAAUACAAAUUCACCCGGUCAAAUACGGUACCUACGAAAGAGCUGGAAAAACAAAUACGUAGGGACAUGCGAAAAUCACAAAGAGACUCCAACGAAAAAUCACAAAAACACUUGAAAGAUUUCGAAAAAUCUCGGAAAAACCCAAAUGACCUGGAAAAAUCUCGGAAACUCCCUAAGGAAUACAAACUACCCGGUGUAAGCAAGGAAUACGUAUUCACGACAGACUCUGAAUAUAAAUUCUGUACUCUAUCGAACUCGAAGUCUAGGUCGAGUUUGACUAGGGCUAACGAGUCGAACUCUGGCUUGAACAGAAACAGUGAGAGGUAUUCUUGUCGGGCUACGGAUUUCGUGCCGAAGAAGACGGGGCGGGUUUCGGGCGGUGCUACGGUCUCUUCGGACGAUACCUAUGGGAGUAUAUACGGUACUCUCCGAGGCCGUGCUAGUCAGGCGCACUGCCAGAACAGACUCCUGGGCGACAUGAUGAGACGAAAUCAUGACCGGCAACUCUUUUUCUAAAGAUGACAUUUCGUUUUGUAAUAAUACAUGCUUUAAGUGCUUUUUUACGGAUUCGAAGACUUGAAUGGGUGGGGUGGUGGUCUUCUUCUGUGUCUACUAGUUCUUUUGGGCAAUACAUUGGUACUGAAGUGCUCAACUUUGCCGCAGACACAUCGCCCUAGAUACAAGCAUGACUGUAUCUCUGACUUCCAUCAGCUAAACAUGAUAGGUAGGGCCUUAGGCCGAAGUUACAUAGACCUCAUUCGUUCAUUUCCCAGGACUCAUUUCCCCUUUUGCUUUCGUUCCCCUGUAAAAGCACUGCCUUGUGGCGUGCAUUCACCGAGGAAUGAAAGAAAAACCCGGAAAGUGACUCGUGGUAAAUGAACGAAUGAGGUCUAUGUAACUUCGGCCUAAGAUCACACAGAUCCAAGUAAACUUUUUUUCCACUGAUGUAAUAUUACAUGAAAUAGUUCUACUUCUUCCUCUUUCCCUUACCUUUGUAAUUGUCGAGGAAAGGCAAUGUCUUCUAAAGGCAAUAUCGAUUACAAUGUAUUGGGUUCGAUUGCUCGGUCGGCGUUACGAGGAACAUUAGCCUUAAGUCUUAACUCUACUAUUGUAAGUAAAAUUUACUGGAGGAGAUAACGCUUAGGUGAGCUAGCGCUGGUGAUUUUCUCUAACGCCGACUGAGUAAGUGGGCUCGGUUUUUUAGUUCUGUUUAUAGUGUCCGUAACGCAGGUCAUCAGCUAUCAUCCCCGCAACAGGGUUUGAUAAACUGGACCGAAGCACCUCUUUGCUGUCAGGUAUGGCCUCCAUGUUACACAGUGUGUUUUAAAAAGAAUGCAGUUGCCAAGAGCACACUCACAGUAUCAAAGAUUUUUAAAAAGACGGCAGGCAAAACGUUUGUUAUUUAGAAUUAGAUACAAUAAAGCCUUUACUCACAGAAACAUUUCAGGUAUUGUGCGUGUUAAACGGUGUAAAACCUCCAUGUGGAGAUAUGGCUUAACUUCGUCCAUGAUACCUUGAACAUCACAAUGCAAAUGGUCACUGCAUUCUUUUUGGGACACGCUGUUAUAUCAGAAGGCAAUACUACAAUGUACAUGUACGCUGUUUACAACAUCUUUUUUGACGCGCUAGACAAAUAUUUUUGGAUUCUUGCAAAGUUGAAACCUGUCCAUGCUGUCCUCAAGACUUUUUUAGAAUCCGAGACGUACGGGUAUCUUGAUCUUACUUGCCUUUGGUGAGAUGUUUUCAUUCAUUUUUCUCAGCCCCGGGCGAGCUGCCGCCCAGUUUUGGAACAGAAAUAAACCACUCGAAAGUUCACAUGGUUCAUAGGGGUCAUCAUGAGUUGCAGUAGGGUGCUAACUUUUAAAUCAAUGUUUACCCAGCACAUUCACUUUCGUCUUAAAAGUUCUUAAUUUUCAUCUUAAAUCUGCAAACUCGUUUUAAGAAUUCUUAACUUUCAUUUAUUUUCGCCACCUACGGUAAGGUCGUGUGUGUCAAUUGUUGUUACAACAAUGCAAAACAAACCAAGCGUCCUAGAAUGCGUCUGCAACAAUGCAAGUGAAAUUUUCAAUCAGUCUUGAUUUGGUAUCAAGUUUAACCCAGAGCUGCAUUCUCGUCCAUAUGAUAAAAAAACUAUCUUUGUAUAGUCACCCCUAUGUAAAUCGGAGGCAGUAUUUCCUGGCUCCAAGGUCGAUCUUGUAUCGUGAUGUAGAAAUCUGGGCGAGCCCUUCUCAAAGGCCAUUAGAGUAAGGCGAUGAUUAUUUUACAUUCUUGGCGCGAUUAACACCAGAACUCCCCUCAAAUGAACAGCUUAUCCAGUUGUAUGGCGCAUUGUUUACACUUUCUGUAGGUUCACCAGAAUAUCAGGUUCCCGUAUUGUUCGCUUCAGACGCUUGUCCUGAGAUAUUCAGAGGCGGAUAAAGCCUGGCCCCAUUACCACCUCUCAGGGGCGUCUAGGAGAUGUUUACUAUUAACCCUUUAAGCGAAAAGAAAACAGCAGAUUUAUUAGGGAGGUUGAGUUAACAAUCUUUACGGGUUGGUUAGCCUCCUCAUUCGGAUGCAUACAUAUUUUUGCGUAGAAAGACUUUUUUGACGAAUGUGAUUGCAGGAACUGAACAGAUAUUCAUCCGGUAGGUGGCGAAUAGCAUGUUUGGGAGAGGGAGGGGAACGAUCUAUUUUUGACUAGCCGUUUCUCAGGUAUCAAAUCUGCCGCACGUUCGUUUGUAUAAAGAUAAAUGUAACAUUGUUCUGUAAAAUAU